CUUGACUUGAAAGUCUACUCAUGGCACUGGAUUUAGUGGAAGAAGACCAGAGUAACAGGACUCUAUUUAACUUGUAUAGGAAUAAUUUACAGAACAGCAGUUUUUGAUAGAGCAAUUGGCUUUUACAGCUUAAAUCCUUUAAAGGUUUUGAAAAUGUUGGAUAUUUAUCUUGUGUUUGUGGUAAGUUUUAUGCAUUGGUUAUGCAUUAUGUUCUGGUCUAACUAUAUAAAGGCAACAAAGUAAUCAGUAUGGACACUGUUGUUUCUGAUUCUCCCAUAUGUAUUGUAUCUGGGGCUCUCCCAAGUACUUUGUAUAUACAACAGCAGUAGCUGCAGUCAAAGCUUGUAGAGACUUCAGAUGUUGCUGACCUGUUUCUUAAAUUGACAAACUGUAGUAACUAUUUUAUGGUUAUUACUGUUUCAUAAUACUUGAGCACAUUAGUUGUACAAAGUUUAAGGAAUAGAAGAGGUCUUUUAUAAGUAUUUUCUGAAACAACACAUCGCUAAUGUUUGUAUAUCAUGAUAGUAAUACUUUUUUCUUUCAUCUUGUGUUAGCUCUAUUUGGCAGUUACUUGAAAUAUUUUUUUCUUGAUAAAAUCUGAGCACCAAUAACAGUAAAUGGAUGCACAUACUAGAUAGAAUAGUUUAAAGAUGUUGAGGAGGGAGGGAGUAUUUCAGACAUAAAUGAUAAUUCUUUUGUCAGAUUUUUUUAUUAUAAGUUAGCUUUUACUUAAUACGACUGCUUAAAUUUUUAUUGGUGUAUUAAAACACCAAAGAAGUUUCAAAGAAAUUUCACAGUGGUUUUUAUCAAUUAUUACAAUUUGCUAAUUUUUAUUUACAAUACUUAAAAACUGAUAGGUAUGUCUGGGAGGAAAUGUCAGUCUAUCAUGGAGAAUGAGUGGCUGAACAUGUUCAACAGAAUGUAAGUGCAGAUUGUUCUAUGGCCCUGAUAUAAUGCAUUAAAUUUGUGUAUGUUCUGUGUUUAGGUUUAAUCUUAAAAAUGGAACAGUACACUUCAUACAUAGGAUGUGAGACUUCUAAAGUGCCUUUAUCUGAUAUUGCGCAGAGGAUUAUGACAGCUUUGCAGUCUAUUCCUGUAGGAGAAGUUCAGACUAGCAGAAAGAAUAACCAGAGUAUAGAGAAGACAAAGGAAAAUAAACUAGGUGAUAAGAAUGCACAUCUGAAAAAUGAAAAGGAGAUUCAUGAUUCCACAAUUUCUUUAUUAAAAACAUCUGUCAGCCCUGAAAAAAGUACUGCUGGUCAGAUAAUCAGGACAGUACAUAUUGAUGAAAUGCUUUGCUGUCAAGAUACCAAAAUAGUGAGCUGUUACCAGGAUUUAGACUUGACAACAUGGGGAUACAGAGAAAAAAAUCUGUCAGUAGAGGCAAAAAACCUGAAGGAUGGUGAAAAGAAUAAAGCUAAUCCCCUUAAAAGAAAGCAAAAUGUGCCUGUGUGUUCAGAGAAAACAAGAAGACCGUCUAUAAAGACCUACGCAUCUUCAUGUGAAAGAAGAUACAACUGUACUUCUGGAAAAACAGAGUCUCCUGAAAAUUGUCCUUAUGAUAUCACGAGUCUGGGAUGUGAAGAAAGAAGAGAAUUGCUUGCAACUAUAGAACAGGCAGUGGCUUUUGUAACUACUAUGAUAUUUCAAGAUGGUUCUUCACAGCUCAACUCGGAGCAGGUCCUAACCUCAUCAGUAAAAGGAGUUGUUGUGUUAGUGAAGAAUCAGACUGAUCUUCUUUGCCCUCCCAGCUACCUACCAACUGACUAUACUUGGAAUGCUGCUAAUGAAAAUGACAAAUUAAUUUAUUUAAAAGCUGAAUGGUCAUCUCUUUGGGAACAAGAACAGCAGGCUCACAAGAAAUUUGCUUGGCAAGUGUUGUUUCAAAUGCUACAUCGCAAAGUUCCGAUUGUUUGCUUCAAUGCAAAAGAUUUCCUGAGGACUGUACUUCAAAUUUUUGGUAAUGAAAUUAGCUGGAAACAAGUUGCUGAUAGUGUCGUGUUAGAUCCAAGGAUUGCAGCAUGGCUGAUAAACCCCAGCGACACAGUUCCCUCUUUUGAACGUUUAAUACAGAAGUAUUUUGAAAAGCCUUUUUCUAUGGGAAUUGUAAAUAGAGAUACCAGCACUUUGGGAAACACAUCAGAUCAAAACAUAGGUGUCAACUUGGAGAAGCUUUAUAAUGUGAUGAUGGACCUUGUUCAUGAUUUACAGGUUCAAGGUUUGUGGAAAUUAUUUUGCACAUUAGAGCUUCCACUUAUCAAAAUUCUGGCAGUGAUGGAAACACACAAAAUACAUGUGAACAAACAAGAACUGAAAAAAACAUCAGAGAUUCUGGGGUUGCGACUCAAAGAGCUUGAACAGGAAGCUCAUCAGGUUGCUGGAGAACGAUUCCUUUUGACCAGCAGCAGUCAACUCAGAGAGGUACUAUUUGAAAAGUUAAAACUGCAUGCACUGUGUGAGAAAGUUCACAGAACUGAAAUACAGCAACUUGUGUCCACCUCAGAAGUUGUGCUAAAUAAGUUGCAAGAUCUUCAUCCUUUGCCUAAAAUAAUUUUAGAAUACCGUCAGGUUCAUAAGAUGAAGUCAACUUAUGUGGAUGGACUACGAACGUGCAUGAGAAAGGGAUUUAUUUCCUCUACAUGGAAUCAGACAGGAACUGUGACUGGCAGACUUUCAGCCAAACAUCCAAAUAUUCAAGGUAUCUCUAAACAUCCAGUUAGAAUUACAAAAAAGCAGUACAUAAAAGGAAAAGAAGAGGAAAUUAUAACUAUUUCCCCAAGAACAUUGUUUGUUUCAAAACAAGGAUACACAUUUUUAGCAGCAGAUUUUUCCCAUAUUGAGUUAAGGAUCCUUGCUGAUUUGUCAUCUGAACCAGAACUUCUGAAACUGUUCCAAGAACCUGAAGACACUGAUAUCUUUUCCACACUGGCUUCUCAGUGGAAGGGGAUUCCAAGUGAACAAGUGAAACACGCUGAUAGAGAACAAGCAAAGCGUAUAGUUUAUUCAGUGGUUUAUGGAGCAGGUAAAGAACGUCUUGCUGACUGCCUGGGAAUUACUCCUCUUGAAGCCAGUCAAUUUAUAGAGAGUUUUAUGCAGAAAUACAAAAAAGUACAUGAAUUUACAAAGAAAACCAUUGAACAAUGCCGAAAUAAAGGUUAUGUGGUUUCCAUAAUGGGACGUAAAAGACCACUGCCUAAUAUCAAUGCACAGGAUUACAAACUACGCACUCAAGCGGAGAGACAGGCUGUCAAUUUUGUUGUUCAAGGAUCUGCAGCUGAUCUUUGUAAAAUGGCUAUGGUGGAGAUUUUUACCUCUGUUGUCAUUUCUCCGACUUUAACAGCCAGGUUAAUUGCCCAGAUUCAUGACGAGUUGUUGUUUGAAGUAGAAGAUUCUCAAAUCCAGGAAUUUUCAGUGCUGGUGAAAAGAACAAUGGAAUCCCUGCAGCAAACCACAGCCUUGGAAGUGCCACUAAAGGUUCCCUUAAAAGUGAUUCUUACCACUGGGAAAUCAUGGGGGUGUAUGACAGAAUUGCAGGAGAUGUAAAGCAGUCAUCGGGGAUGUUAUUCAGUACCCGUACACCUCAUUGGCCUAUGCUGAUUCCUCACUGAAUCACUAGGCAACAGCGCUGCUGGAUCUUUCAUAAGCACCUAAUACUCUGCAUGUGAAUUUUUUUACUUCAUUUUGUCUGUAGCCCUAGGCAACAGCAGUGAGAUAAAACUGGUUUUUACCAGUUCAUUGUGUUUCCUUUAGCCAAGGUAACCAGCAGGGAGCUGCUUUUGUUCAGAACUAAAUUACUACAUGUAAGAAAUGAAGCAAGACAAUAUUAACCCUUUGGGAACACGACAUAUAUUUGAGUUAGAUGGAUGUUUAGACUUUAAUGUUAAAUAUUUUGUGAAGUGCUUGUGUAAAAAUACUUCUAAUCUGACACUAUUUGAACUGCAUCAGCAAGUGCUUAACUGUUGUGUUCAGUUUAUUUUAUAUUUUGUGAGUAGAAGGCAGCUGCUUGGUUUGUAUCACUUAUUAAAUGUCACGUUACAUAGACUUAUAAAAAGAGUUCUUUGGAAAUGAAGAGUCUCCACUUUAUGAUUUUGGAGCAAAAUAGGUAAACAAAACUGGAUGCCUAAAUGUGUUAAAAAUAACCAGAUUGUUGUCAAUUAAAUUCAUUUCAAACUCAGUUUAUACACUGCAACCUUAGCAUACUUUAGAGGAAGUAUUGUAGUUUUGCACAAUCUAUUAUUUUUAUUACUGAUAUAAUGCUAAAUAUUGUUUAGAUAAAUUUUAGGAUUCAGCCUUAUACUUUUUAGGAUUCAGGCUUCUACUUUAAUGUUUGGCUUUGUUAUUGAUAUUUUGGUUUUCUGUAGAGUUUAUUCUUUAAAUUAAUUUGUUUCAUAACAUUACUGGUUGUCAAAUUCUACCUCUGUGCUUGUUGAAUAUGAAACUGUCCUGAAAGUCAACUAAUUAUUUAGAUGUCAAGCACAAAACUUUUAAGAGAUGUUCAGUAUCUUUCAGCAUCAGACCUCAAAUGAUCAAAGUAAUAUUGAUUUAGAUUUUUAAAGUGUAUAGUUACAGAGAUUUUGCAGCAGUUUUAAUUUGUAUCAUUAAACAAUUUUGCAUUGCACUUAAAGGCAUUAAACUA